AUGCGCGGGCAUGCCACAUGGGCGGGGCUUCCGUCUCUGGUCCCGCCCAGCAGUCAUGCAUUUCCUCUUCCGGUGGAAGGCGGGACCGGGCGCCCGCGGGAAACCUGGGUGAGCUUGGCUCCGUUAAAUUCAGCUGCGGGAAUGGCAAGGCUCAGGAGUGUGGUCCUGCGGCCAUGGAUUCGAGAGCUGGUCCUGGGAUUAGAGAGACUCUCAAGUCCACGGGCAGGGCAGCUGCUUCAGGUGCUGCAGGAGGCCGAAGCCGAGGCCCCAGGCCCGUCCUGCGCCCCUGACACGUCUGAUGUCGGGGCGGCGUUGCUUGUGUCCGACGGGACCCACUGUGUCCGAUGCCUGUUGACGCGGGAAACUCUGGACGCCUCGGAUUGGGAAGAGAAGGAGUUUGGUUUCCGAGGGGCUGAAGGCCGGCUGCUGCUGCUGCACGACUGCGAGGUCCGAGUCCAAGUGGCAGAGGGCAGCUUGCCAGCGGAGUUCUACCUCCAGGUGCACCGCUUCAGCCUAAUGCCCACGGAGCAGCCUCGGGAUUGGGUGAUUGGUUGCAACCAGGACCCGGAUGUGCAGAAAAAGCUCAAAGAUUGCCUCGAGGAGCACCUUACAGAGUCGGCCUCCUCCAAUGCAGGCCUCUCACUGACCCAACUUCUGGAUGAGGCGCAGGAGGAACAGGAGCAUCAGGGGGCACUAGUGCACCUGGCUGAGAGCUGUCUGAUGCUGUCAGGCCCUUGCCCAGCACCCCCGCUCACCCGAUGGGCCACCUCAAGCCACUUGGCUAUGGGAGAAGCUGUGUACACCGUCCCCAGCCUGUGGUUACACAUCUCUGAGAAUGACCAGCAGAUCCUGAACUCUCUGGGCCCAGAUCAGAGCACACAGGGCCCCGAGCUGCCCCCACCAGACUCUGCUCCUCAGGACCUGUCACUGACCCUGUCCUCCUCCCCUUCCUCACUCAGCUCCUCAGGAAAUCCCACCUCACGCAGCCACAUGUCAUCACAGGAAAGUGGUGCCAACAUCAGCCUUCUGCCUGCUGAGUCCUUGGCUGCUCCAGACACAGGGCAGAAGGGCAGCUCCCAGUCCCAGCCAGCCAUCUGCUCCACCCCCCACUCCCUACCCCGUAGUUCCCCACAUCCCAGCCAUGUAACCAACUCCCCACUCCUGAGUUGUACCCCAAGUCUGUCACCUCGUGGUCACAUCCCCAACUCACAUCAGGCUGAUGUGACCAGGCCCCAGCCCCAAAAACCUAUACUGGAGUUCAAGGAACUAGGGUUGCCCCCCAAGAACGGGCAACAUUCUCCAAGGAUAAGAACCACUGAGGGAGUCCCGGAGUCCGGUCCUGUCUGGGACCCCCCAAAGAAGCAUCGUGAUGGUUCCGCCUUCCAAUACGAGUACGAUCCACCCUGCACUUCCCUCUGUGCCCAGGUCCAGGCUGCCAGGCUCCCUCCCCAGCUCCUGGCCUGGGCCUUGCAUUUUCUGAUGGAGCCACAGCCGGAAUCCGAGCAAACCCAGGUGUGA